CAUUCAAGAGGGGAUGGAGUAUCGCUGUUACUACUUUCAUUUAAAAUGCGCAGGACAAAAGUUGUGUUUUGGUUGAAACAAUAAGUAAAUCGAAAGCUCUGUCAACAAAAAAGUCUUCUUAUCACAAGUGAAAACACCGGCAAAGUAAAACCGCAUUAAACAGUUCUUCUUUGCUAUUUUUGUUCUGUGUCAUUUUUUUUAUUAUUAUUAAUAAUUGGAGAUAUGGACAGAAAUACAAGACACAUUGUUCUGAAUCCAUUUUACCAAAGACCAUGGUUAAACCAAAAAGGAGCUGCAGCACCAGCUGCAAGUGGAGGAAAAGGUCUUAAAGGUAUUGUAGCUGGAGGUAUAACCGGAGGUAUUGAGAUCUGUAUAACAUAUCCCACCGAAUAUAUAAAAACUCAAUUGCAACUGGAUGAAAAAGGUGAUCGAAAAAAAUACUGCGGCAUAUAUGACUGUGCUAAGAAGACUGUACAACAAAGAGGUUUCUUUGGUCUAUAUAGAGGACUUAGUGUUUUAAUCUAUGGCAGUAUUCCGAAGUCAGCAACAAGAUUUGGAGCUUUCGAAACACUUAAAGGAUUCAUGAUGGAUACUAACGGUCAACUGAGUGUGAGUGGAAAGUUAUUAUCGGGUUUGGGAGCAGGAGUAUGUGAAGCCAUCGUCGCGGUUACUCCAAUGGAGACGAUAAAAGUAAAAUUUGUACAUGACCAGAGAAGUGCUGAGCCUAAAUUUAAGGGUUUUUUUCAUGGUGUACGUUCAAUUAUUCAAUCUGAAGGCCUUGGUGGCAUUUAUAAAGGCUUAACAGCUACUAUUCUUAAACAGGGUUCCAAUCAAGCAAUACGCUUUUUCGUUAUGGAAACACUAAAAGAUGUCUACAAAGGCAACGAUCCUGAAAAAAAAGUUCCUAAACUUGUUGUGGGUGCUUUUGGUGCUAUAGCUGGAGCAGCAUCUGUAUUUGGCAACACUCCAUUGGAUGUAGUAAAAACUCGCAUGCAAGGACUAGAAGCUUCGAAAUACAGAAACACUGCCGACUGUGCUCUACAGAUAUUGCGAAAUGAAGGUAUCUUUGCUUUUUACAAGGGCACUGUUCCGCGAUUGGGUCGAGUAUGCUUAGAUGUGGGCAUAACUUUCAUGAUCUACGAUUCAUUCAUGGCUCUAUUUAUGGGCUCAAAAUAAUUUUUUAUAAACUAAGUACAUAAAUACAUGCAUAUGUAGUUAGUUGCUCUGUAAUAGUUAACACUAAAAAGUAAUUAAAGUUUAUUAAUUUAUAUAUAUUUAAUUUGUAUUACAGCAUUACAUUGAACAGUAAUUAUUACACUUGGUGUGAAGUAAAGUUUAUAAUAAUAUCGUUAGAUUGAUAAGAAUAACAAAAUGUUUACACUUUAUCUGAUUAUUUUAUCCUUUUGUCCUUAAAAUAAUCUUGUAGCAGUCAAUUUGAAUACGAAUAAGUUAGAAAUCACUUAAAAUAUUUUUUGAUUGUAGCCAAGCCGAAUCUGCAAAUUUACAUUUGAAUAAUGACAAAUUAUCGGCUUUCGGAUUGUCAUUAUCGCUUUCAAAGGUUUAUAUUACAAAUAUUUGGAAAAGUGGUUUUUACGAUUAAGCAUCAAAUAAUUUUACGAAUUGAAGUUGUAGAAUGUCCAAUUGUAUAUUAAUAUAAAAUUACUAUAUUCAUACUAAUAUAUUUUUGGCAUUAAAAUAAUAUUUUUUUAAAAGCAAUCCACCGAUUUAUUUUUCUGAAUCAAUCAAUUUUUGUACCCAGAGACCUAUUCAUAAAACGAAAAAGUUUCUACGUAAAAUAGACGUUUUUAGAUUUAAGAAAUGGUCUUUAUGGACUUAAAAUUUAAUACAACCUAUAACAUUGAAUUGUUUUAAGUUAAAUAUAAGAUAUUUUUAUUGUAAUUCAUUUAGGAAAUCUUUACACAGACAAUGUUAAUUAUUUGUAA